AUGGCUUUGUCCAAUCUCUUCAGAAUACGCGGCCUCAAAAGCUUCAUGGGCCGUGAGAGGAGGAAGUCCGCGCUGCCGGCUCCGUUACCUUUAGCCGCAAGUGCAGACACUUUCCCUUCAUCUGCGCUGCCAUCUUCGGAGAUUGCCGCUGCGCACAGUACCUCGCCCGUGAGCGCUGCACUUUCCGACUCCACUGUACCUACAAUCCUUCCAUGGACCCCUCUGGAUUCCCCACCGCAAUCUAUGCCAGAGGCGGUUGUGUUUCUUUCUCCAGGUACUUCUUCUCCUAUUCUACAAGAGCGUGGAAGUGGAGCGCACGCCAACCGUCUCCAUUUGAACACCACUUCCGACUCGUCGAUGAGCGACGUUUCUGUCUCGACCACUGACGAUGACCGUGUUAUCGGCACACUUACCGUGGUUUCUGCCCAAAUCAACAAGCAUGGUAGCAGUUCGAAAGCCGAGCAAGCAUUGAACGCCCUGGAUGACAAAGUCACCACGAUCCAGGGUCAAGAAACCCUGGCAACUACUCUAUAUGCCCCAAUCAAGUCGGCAGUGGCUCUUGAAGCUGUCAGUGGCAUCAAAAAAUCUAUUGAAGACGGCAUAAAUUCAUUUCUUGACGGCAUGCCUGUUUUGAUGAAAGCUUUGGAUGAAGUUGCGGAGAUUCACCCAUUCGUUCAAGUGGCCGUCCUCGCAUUCAAAGCUGUGUAUACGCUCGAAACGAAACGGCGGGCAAAUGACAAGAAGAUUAUUGCUCUGUACGUGGAGAUGAAGGAUAUGAUUGCGGUUUUGAUCCAAUUGAAGACUGUAAAAGAUGAAGAAGAUGUUGGCCCGGACGGUGUCACUCUAAAGGGGCGUCUGCAGGGUCUUGUGAAGAAUACUGCGGAUGACAUGAAGGACUGUGCGAACACAUGUGAUGCGUAUUCGAAGAUGAAGCUACUUGCGAAGGUCCUCAAAGGACCACUGUGGGAAGGCACUCUCACGAAUUUCGGCAUCAUAUUCACGAAGCGCAGGACCGAAUUCGAAUUCGCUUUGUCUAUUCAUAUUGGCCGCGGGGUUGACAAGGCGAAUCGGAAACUGGACAAUCUAGCGCAGGAGCUCAAAGAGAGGGCAGACGUGUUGCUCCAGUUCAUGCAAUCCUAUGUUCCGCUAGAGCAAAGGGAACUCGUUGCAUUAGUGCAAAAGAAAGGAGGGACUAAGGCUGUUUUGGAUAACGAGAACGUGCUGAAGGAGCUUAAUUCGUACGAAUCAAGGCGUCCUACGAAGACUGGUGACACGCAAAAUCAAGCAAGUUUGGGACAUGCUCGCACGAGCAAAGACGAUUUCGAAGAAUUGAAGUCGGAUCUCCGCCACGAUCCUGCCGCGGCUGCCAUCAACAAUUUUCAAACGUUUGAGCCCAAGUUUGCGAUACAACAGAGGCAGCUCAUCGAGGAAGUGGACAGAGUGGUAACGCGCGAGAGUGAUCGGGUUAUCCAGUCAGUAACCUCUGGAACGCACGACAAGGUCGUUGAUCGGGAUCUUUACAACGUAUGGAAGGAAAUGGCAUGGCGCGGCACUGUGAAGGCUAGACACUUCGUCCUUGCUCUUCGGCAUUACUACCACGAAAAGACAGAUGGUGGGAUCAGGAAGGAGUCUGCCACCAAGAGUGUUCUGACCCCUGACCCCGAUGCGUGGGCCCUGGAGUAUCUCAGUGUCAAGAGGCUACAUUCUAUCAUUGAUGCGUUUGACGAGGACGCUUCAGGAUUCAUAACUGUGGCGGAAGUCAACAAAUUGACAGCAAUUCGCCCUCUCGAUUGGAGCUUACUCCACUGGAUCGCCUAUUGGGCUGUCGGAUGGCGGAUCAAUGCCACACUCUAUAUCCGCAGAAUCAAUGAGCUACUCGGAAAGAUGUUUGCAAUCAAGGAGGAAGUCUAUGCUACGAAUGGUCCCUAUGUCGACGAAUACCUUCACACUGUAUGGGCGGGGGUCACUAGUUUGACUUGCUCGAUGCGGCCCAUGACAUCCAGUGAUAAUCUUCAAGCACGAUUCAAAAGUCGCAUGGAUGCAGAAGAAGAGCGUAUCCGCACAAAUUUGGAGGCUGUACGAUACAACAUCAAUGACAUGGAGACACUAUCGCUAAUCACAGGACCUGGAACGAUCGAGAAGGUCAGAGCAUCUUCAUCUACUGGUGCGCCCGACGCUGAUGUUCAUGACUUUGAGGUUGUGCGUCUGUGUCGAACCAAAGUGGUCGACAGGAAUGAGCUACGGGAUUGCGCCGAUAGUCUGAAGUGGGUGUUUGAUACUGUCCAAGCCCGUUACGACGAGCUGAAAGACAGCAAAAGCUCGACCUCGAUCAACAAUUUAAGACUAUCUAGGAAGAGGUCAUCGAACCCACAGACAUCUGAAUUUCCUACAUACUUGUACAAGGACGAGGAAGAAGCUCAGGAUAUCCGGCAUGAGGACAUCCUUAAUUAUCCCCUUGACGAAAAUUACCUAUAUGAUUGUUCUGCGUACGAAAUCAGUGACUCGGAAGUUGAGACAGAGGGAGAUCGCAAGGCGGAGGCUCAUCUCAAAGCGCUUGUAGGCACGUGGUAUGUGGUAGUGGCUCAAGGCGACGAAUACCCGAGUCAAAGCAUGUUCAUCUUCCACGUUCAUGUUUCCGCGGACGGUCGGAGCAUAGAGGGUUCGGGGAAAACUCCCGAGGGUACGGCGUACGCCAGAUAUACUACUCGGGUUUCAACGAAGUGCUUCCGUGGUCACCUCGAUGAAGAAGGCACCAUGCUUCAGGGCGUCUGGGGCUAUGAUUCCACAGACGGCUCCAAUGACGAUUUUGUCAUGUCCCGACUGGCACCCGAGGUUCUUAUCUACCGCCCCUCACCUCGACAAUUUGCGGAGAACAGGAUCGAAGCUCUCUGGAAGUUUGCGCUUUCAGAAGUCGAAGCUCGAGUCCGCAGGCAAAUCUGCUCCUGGUCCCAUUUCAGGCAACGCCGCGAUAUCCGGAAGCGAUACAUUCAAUUGUUGACUCGCAAAUGGGACUUUGGGCGUCCGCUCGGAGGAGACGAGGAGGACGAGCUCACGCGGUGUCGGAAGAACCUCACGCCUGCAGAUGCUCGGUUUUACCUCACUUUGUACCACUGCCAGCUCAGAACCACUCCUGCUCAUUUUGGUGCCGCCUGCGACAACUGUGGUGGCGUCAUUGGCGGGACACGCACGAUCUGCAUAGACUGUCGGACGGACCGUGCAGACCGCACUGUCGAUAUCUGCCAAGACGAACGCUGUCUGAGCGCAGAGGUCAAGCGGUCCGACUUGGCAUCCCCUCACCUUCCAUCACACGCGGUGUACAAAGUCAGGAGAACGGUGCAUGAUCGGGAGUUCGGCCCGUUGGACAAGGAGGCCCGAGUGGCAUUGCAAAACGCCAGGGCGACAUUCAAGCAUGCCGUGGAGGUGGAAAAAGAGCAGACCGAGGGCGCAGCAAAGGACGACGAUCGCACGGCCAAGCUGGUGAACGAUACGCUGAAAUGCAUCGUGUGUGAGAAACGCGUCGUGCGGCCUUGUUGGUUGUGCAUGACGUGUCGGGAUGUAUAUAUCUGUCUCAACUGUGACCCGACGGACGGUAUCACCAUCGGUGGUCACGACAAGCGUCAUCCUUUGGUCCGGUGUCCGGAGGAAGUUGCUGCAGAGGAACCUUCAACGAUCGAACGGAGAAUCGAAGCCCUGGAAAGCAAGCUUGAUGCCGUGGACGGCAAAAUCGCCGAGGUCGACGAACGCUUGCUACGCAUUCAACAGCUGCUGCAGAUGAUGACCAUGGGUGCUCCAACGCCUAGCACGGCGAUGUCAGUCUCAGCGGAGGAAACAAAGUAG